CAUUGUGGAAGUCGUCUAUUAGAUUAUAUGAAUACCUGGAUCGCAGUGUAUUUACAUACAUGGAUAGGAAUUGUGCAUAUAUUAUAAAUACUUCUCUCGGUACAACUACGACAGGAAAUUAAAAUCUAUAUCUUCGGAUCACCAACACAUAGUGCAUAUGAUACAUUGCACUAACAAAUAGAUAUAUGACAUAGUAACACAAAUGACGAAGGAAGACAACCUUUUAACUCACGAUCUACGGCACAUAAUCGCAGCUUAUACCGCUGCACCACAUUGUUUCAAUGGCGCAGUGAUGGCGAAACAAUAGUUACGAUGCAUCAACAGAUUUAUAAAAGCUCGGAAGGAUCUACGGCAUUCCUAAACUGCACAUUCCAACUUACAGCGGACAACAUAGAAUGGAAAAGGGCAAAGAAAAAUCCAUCGUCAAUUACGAAAAUUUUUAUAGACAAUAUUAAAUACUUUUCUACACUUGUGAUAGCGAAUACAGAGAAAGCUGCAGAUGAAGAUUACUAUCAAUGUGCUGCUAAUAAUAAUGCAGUGAAUGGCGAUGUCGUAGAACUUGAAGUGUGUAAUAAUGAAACAAACGUGAAAAGAGUUGCACUACUGGCGAAUGAUAUCACGCACAGCUCCCAAGAGGGUUAUUCAGGACUCAGACAUAAACAUGCGUCUGCUGACCAAGGUUGCGAAAUAUCAUUUGUCGUGAAAAUAUAUAUGGACACAACACAGAACAGCGUUUUAACACCGGUCUUAAAUGGAAUGAAAACAGCAUUCCAAAUGUGUACUGGGUGUGGCACACGCAUUGGUAAUACACAGGCUAAACAAGAAUGCAUACUCGUAUGUAUGGAUAUCACGGCCGCAGAAGGGCCGUUGGAACCAUCUUCCAUUCAUCUGGCUGAACAGUUUAAGAACUAUCUCUCGCAUGGUGGAAUCGUACAAACAUCAGACGAAUCACGCACUGUGUUAGAUAUUGACAUAAAUAGCUUCAAGAUAAAACCUAAAAAUGCAGAUCACAAUGGUUCUCCCUUUGUGAGCAUCAGUUACGGCGAGUUCAGAGUUCCUGUAGGAGAAUCAGCAAUCAUCAAAACCAACGUCAUCGCAGAACCUGCUGCGAUAGCGAUUGAGUGGUUCAGAAUAGAAAAGGACAUGAAAUUUAAAAUAGAAAUAGAUAACGAACAAUAUUUCGGAAGUUCUGAUAUUUCACCCACAUUAAUCAUCCGUGGAGCAAGCAUUGGCGAUCAAGGACAUUAUUUGUGCCAGGCUGCAAAUAAGAAUGGAGUUGGCUCAAGCAACAUUACUUUCCUUUCGAUACAAUCGGAUACAGAACACCAUUCUGGCGAUACCGCCACAGAGGAAGCCCUGACCCCACAAUCCUGUGACCUACCUGGACAUCACAAAGAUGUGCAUAAAGGAUAUUUCAGACAACGUAAAUAUGAUACAUUACCAAGCACUGCCUUCCAUCACAGUCUCAAAAUGGGCUGCAGUAUUGGAGGUCUUCUGAAUCCUACAAGUUGCACACUUGGUCCAUUUGUAAAAUUCGAUAACAAGAUUGGCUUUCUCACUUGCGCACACGCAUUGUUUGAUAUCGGAAGUACUUUCCAAGAUAUAGAUUACCAAUACGACGGCAUCGAUGCCAUCCAGAUCAUACAGCCGGCUUGUGAUUCACCCAUAUUUAAUAGGCCUCCAUGUGGACAUGUCCGCAGAGCAAUUUUCAAACCACAACUUAUUACAAGCAUUGAUGUUGCUGUCAUUGAGAUAACUGACCCCAGUAGGAUCCCAGUUUCCGGACAAUUUACCAAUACUCGUCACAGCAGUUACAUUAAUGCAGGAUUCGAGGAACUUCCAGAAUUCAACAGUGGACUUGUUGAGAGAGACGUUCAAGGUUUAGAUAUUGGCCAUCCACUAUAUAUGUUUGGAAGCUCUUCUGACAUCACUAGAGGGGUUUUACACACUUAUGGAGUCUCUUUGGCAAGCGGAGCUACUGCAAUGAACAACCAGUGUGUAUUUCGUAGUACCUAUCCAACAAAGACUCCUUUCGCCAUGGAUGACUCUGGUUCUGGAGUGUUUACGAUAUAUCCCGGAACCGAUGAACUGGUGUGUAUCGGAAUGGCUAUCGGAAUUACUUCAUAUGCAGAUGUAGUUGUUACACCUAUUGGUGCAAUUUUGGAAGCGCUAGGUCCACAGUAUUCCAUAGCAUCAUUUCCCUGAAAAAGAAAACCUAUACGAAAAUGGCUGACCUGCCUUCUGAUCCAUGUUGUGAAUUACAUAUAUUUGGAUCACUUCAUUUAUCCCCCAACCUUUAUCCGUUUGUCCUGGGGACAAUAACUGAAUGAUUACUAUAAAGGUACAUGUUAAAGUGUACCCAGAUUUUCAAUAUUACGUUUGAAAAUACAUUAUCUCAUCAAAAACAGGAUGUACGAACGCCAUAGCGACUUUCAUUUUGGAGAAAUCACAAUAUUUCUUGAAAUCUCACCUGUGACCCGACAGCGACGACACCGUUUCGGUGUCCCAAACCUGUGACAUCACAAGUUCAACGCGUUACCAAAGAAGAGUGAUAUUUACUGUGAUAUAUGCGGCCUGUCAUGUGAUUAAAUAAAGUAUUUAUCUUCUUUUAUUAUGAGAUAUUUAUAUACGUAUAUACGCGGCAAGUUAUACGUUUAUUUUUACGGUGAAAUGUUGUGGAAGGAGAUCGUAUCGACGAGGAAUAAAACACGUUGUGUACGGAUGUCUGAACACGCCUGCAGAUAGUGUUAUUUCUACGCAUUUUCCUGGAUCUUGUGAGUGUUUAGAAAAGAUGGGUACGGCUGGUUAAACGUGGGGAAGACAUACGAAUUGUUCCUAUUGUGUUUAAAACACUAUUUGAGGGCAACUCAUAUUCUAAAAUCGAAUCAAGUCGUUCCGGCCUCUCCCGGUCCAACAACUAACUCGUUCACCUCGGCCCCUAAAAGAUAUUCUAAUUGAAAAUAGUAUAUGAUAUGUGAAUUGUGAACUAUAAUAAGUAAAUUUACUAUGUAAUUUUAUUCUCUAAUUGAUAUCAAGAUGUAAUUUGAUUUCAAACUAAUAUCAGGAUGUAACUUUAGUAUCAAACUAAUAUCAUGAUUUAACUUUAGUAUCAAACUAAUAUCAUGAUUUAACUUUAGUAUCAAACUAAUAUCAUGAUUUAACUUUAGUAUCAAACUAAUAUCAAGAUAAUGUCACGUGAUUUCCAAUAAAAAAAAUGAUUGACGGGCCGUCUAAAAAAGCUGGUACAAUAUGCUGAUUGUCAAAAUAUUAAUCAUGAAUUACUUCCCCUUGGUAUAGUCCAACAGUGUGAAAUAUCUUGCCUGAAACAUGACAAGCAAAUAAUAACUUUG